ACCAACAAAUGCUGUUCACUUAAAGAACAUAAGGUAAAUAAUCCUUGUUAAAUACCAAAGGCUAAACACCAGAUGUCCCGAAAGCCAAGCAAUUUCCUCACCAGUACUGAAUCCAAAACCACCUCUCGUCAUCCACAAGCCACCCCUUCAACUUCAACAGAACCGAACAUGUAUAAAUCCGGCACUGUUGUCACCAGAGACACUGCAAAGAUGGCGGCAUAUGCUCCUGUGGAAAUAGGCACCAAGGGAACUGUUGGAUCCCUCAUAAUGAGAGAAAUCGAGCACUUCAGCCAGCUCGAACUAAGCAGCCAGUGUAGCUCGCAAAAGGCUCAGCCCCAACUCAAAGACCCGGUUUCAUAUUUGAAACCGACUUUUGAAUCAGUUAUAAAACCACAAAAGAAGAAAAAGAGAGGCAGAAAGCUCCUAGCAAGUGUAUGUUCUAUGGUGGAAGUCUCGGAGAACAAUCGACCAACUACUAUUUCUGCAUACAGUUACAGGAAUCUAAGAUCUGAUGGGAAGAAAUUGCCAGGUUAGACAAUGCUUUCAGAUAGCUUUGAGAAACCCAACUUCUUCAGUCGGUUUGUUAUAGGGCCAGCCCAUGCUCUGUCCGAGCUCCCACAUUUUUAUGUCCACAACUUCAACAAUGUAAGUUCCUUUUUCACUAUUUUUCUGCCUAUAGGAGUUUUAUCCAGACCAGCAUGAUCAGA